AUGCCUUCAGCUAUCGCAAUGGCCGUAGGCUUUUGGCCUUUUGGUGAAAUAGCCUGUAGAAUCAACGCCGUCUUCAACUACAUGUGCGCAUGCUCCUCAUCACAUACUGCAGCGAUGAUAAGCUUCGACAGAACAAUUGCUGUUGUUUACCCAUUGAAGUAUAAAUCCAUGAUGACGGCGAAAAUUAUGAUUAGUAUUUGCGUCUGGAUUCUAUUCAACACUGGAUCCUGCGCGAUAUUUGUCGGUGCAACGCCAUGGAUUUCUUAUGACUACAAUGAAGCGGUUUGUGCUGUCACCUAUUCAGAAUAUCUUUCGAAGGUCUUUAUUUAUUGUGGCUGCGCAUUCUGUUACUACAUACCAGCACUGAUCAUAGGAACCUGCAACGCCAUCAUCUUGAUGCAAAUAAGGAGAUCUUCUAAAGUGAUGUCUGAACACAUUACUACCAUAAAACUUCUAGUUUUCGAACAGAAUAUGAAAAAACGGAAAGAUAUGGAAAUGCGUAAAUCCAUAUAUAGUAUGAUGGCCAUUGUUAUAGUUUAUUUUUUUAGCCUCACUCCUUAUUCCAUCAACAAACAGGGCAAAGCGAUGACAGGAAUUGAUGCUCCUCCGUGGCUGAAUUAUACAAUCACAAUACUGAUGUUUAUUUCGUCAGCAACAAAUCCUUUUAUCUAUGGUAUUCUGCGUAAAGAUUAUAGGGAUGGUUUCAAAAAAAUUCCCAGAUUAUUCAGGGAAAAAUACUAUUACUACUGCUUUUAA